AUGCCGCCGAUGGCGGCUUCUGGGAAGGCUGGCCACAGGGCCACCGACUAUGGGGGCGUGGAGGCUGCCGGCCGCAAGCCUAAGGGAGCAGGAGUCUCAGGCCGCUUGGCGUGGAGCAGCAGGGGGGCGUCUCUGGGCCACGGCGCGAGGCCACUGGCGCGGCCACGGUGCGGAGACCGUGAGGGGCCACGGCGAGGAAGCCACUGCCGUAGGCCAGGCGCUCGGGCGCCGCAGACGUGGGUGCUGAUGCGUUGGCCCGAGGCGAAGGCCGACUCGAUGUCGGCUCCAAUCGCGGCCGCUCAGAGCACCGGCCUCUGCGCUGCUGACUGCAUGUGCGUCUGCAUGGUGCAAUCUGCACGAGCAGCACGCAGUGGCUGCCAUGGUGCGAGGCGUUGCUGGUCAGGGGCGAUGGUUGGCAUCACCAACCUUGUUGAUGCUGGAGAGGAAGAAGCCGGAGAACGACAUCUUCCACUUCAUCGGAGAUUGCAGUACGUCGUCUUCCACGGCGGCAACGGAAGCGUUGCUGCUCUUCUUGGAAGACUUGGAUUAGCGUAG